AUGGCAGACGAGGGGCGUGCACGGCCGACGGACGAGAGGACGCCGCUGCUGGCCAAAGCGGCUGGCACAGACGCUGACGGCAGCGGCCUGUCGUCGGGAUCGAGCACUGUGGUCGGCAUUGGAUCGACAGCAGGAGAAGUGGCAUACGGUCACGCAUUGUCGCCGGACACGCUCGAGGAUGCAGACGAGGCGGCCGACGACGAGCAGGACGAGGUGGCCGCAGCAACGGCGACAUCGACGGGGCGGAUCGUGCUGAUCCUCGGCACCGCGUACGUGGGCGUGUUUGUGGGAGCGGCCGAUGCGAGCGUGAUCGCGACGCUGUCGGCGCCGAUUGCGAGUGCCUUCCAGUCGCUGAGCCUGCUGUCGUGGGUCGCAGCCGCCUACCUGGUGGCCAACGCGGCCUGCCAGCCGGUGUCGGGACGUGUGACCGACGUCAUCGGCCGCGGCCCUGGUCUCGUCUUCAGCAAUCUGCUCUUUGCAGCCGGCAAUCUCAUGUGUGGCCUCGCCGGUGAUGCCGGCACACUGCUGGUUGGCCGUGCUGUCGCUGGCAUCGGCGGUGGUGGGCUCAUGUCCAUCUCCACCUUUCUCGCCUCGGACCUCGUGCCGCUGCGCCGUCGCGGCGUCGUUCAGGGCAUCGGCAACAUUGCCUACUCGGCCGGCGCCAUGCUCGGCGGUGUGCUCGGCGGCCUCUCCGAACAGGUCUGGACCGAUCGAUCCUAUGGUGGCUGGCGACUCGCCUUUUACGCUCAGGUGCCCGUCUCGCUCGUCUCGGCCGUGCUUGUCGCCGUGCUCGUCCGCGUUCCGCCGCACAAAUCAAUCACCGAAAGUGCUGAGUCAGCGGAUGAGUCAUCCACUGCCGCGCUGCGCCGAAUCGACUUUCCUGGCGCCGGCCUGCUCGUCACCUUUCUCGUCCUGCUGCUGCUCGGCCUCAAUGCCGGCGGAAACGUCGUUCCCUGGACCCAUCUGCUCGUUCUCGUCGCCCUGCCGCUCGCCCUCGCUGCCUUUGCCGGCUUCGUCGUCUGGGAGGCCCAGUACGCCCGCCACCCGAUCAUUCCAGUGCGAUUAGUCGUUCGGCGCACUGUGCUCUCCGCCUGUCUCGCCAACCUCGUCUGCACGGCCGCCAUGAUGAUGGCCAUCUUCUACGUGCCGCUGUACCUGCAGGUGCGUGGCUUCACGGCUGCCGAUGCCGGCGUGCGUCUGCUCUUCUCGUCGCUCGGCGUGGCCGUCUCGUCCGUCGGCAGUGGCCUCAUCAUGAAGCGCACCGGCCGUUAUGUCGGGCUCGGCAUCACAUCUCUCAGUCUUUUUGUCGUCGGCUUCGUGAUCGCCGCUUUUGGUGGUCUCGCUGCCGCCGACUCGCCCGCCUGGCCCGCCUUUGUCGCCCUCUUCCUGAUUGGCGGCAGCUACGGCGCCAUGCUCACCAUCACGCUGCUCGCCUGCAUCGCUGCCGUCUCCCAGUCGCGUCAGGCUGUCAUCACUUCUGCCACCUACGCUUUCCGCUCUGUUGGUGCUACUCUCGGUCUCACUGUCGCCUCUGCCGUCUACCAGAACAUCUUGCGCGCCCGUCUUUGGCUGCGGCUUGGCCAUCUGCCCGAUGCCGCCGACGAAAUCGCCCGCAUCUGCGACGACCUCGCUGAGUUGCAUCGUCUUCCUCCCGGCUGGCACGAUCCCGUCAUCCAGAGUUUCAUGGAUGCCUUCCGCGGUGUCUGGCUCACCGGCCUCGUCCUCGCCCUCGUCGGCCUCGUCUGUGUCUCGCUCAUGAAGCAGCACACCCUGCACGCCACUCUGGAACGGCCUUGA